UAUUCUCGCAUUAACACCGUAAACAAGGCCUCUUGACGUUCACCCCUAGUUCUGUACCACAACUCGUGGAUAUUAAUAUUGAAAUACAUAAUGCUAGAAUUCGCCCAAUAAUCCUACAGUCAGUCCUUCUUCUCACUGCACUCCUCUGGAGGUGUCUCAGUUUCCUGCCAUGUCUGCUACUAAUCGUGAUGGCAGAAUCGAUUACGCUCUCUAUCGUUAUACACCCUCCAUUCCAGCAGCUGUAGUCUUUGCCGGGAUCUUUCUAUUUCUCUCCGUUCUACAUCUUAUCAGACUGAUCCGAAACCGCACCUUGUUCUUUAUCCCAUUCAUUGUGGGCUUGUUAUGUGAGCACGAAACUUCCCAACCCAUCUUUUAACAUAAGUCAUGGCCUAACACCUAGGGCUUUGUCAGUCGAAUGUGCCGGUUAUAUUGCUCGCAUCUUUUCACAUUUCGACACAACAGCACUUGGCCCGUAUAUCGUUCAAACGAUGCUGAUUCUGGUUGCACCACCGCUGUUCGCCGCUUCCAUAUAUAUGACACUCGGUCGGACCAUUACCAAACUCGACGCAGAAGACAAAUCCAUCGUUCCGGUCCGGUUCCUGACGAAGAUUUUCGUUGUUGGUGAUGUCAUCUCGUUCCUUCUGCAAUGUGGAGGCGGUGGUUAUAUGGCCGCUGGAACAUUGUCUGCUAUGAAAGCUGGUGCUCAUAUUGUGAUUGGUGGCCUGGUGAUUCAGCUCGUAUUCUUCGGAUUCUUCGUCUACGUGUCCGCUUUAUUUCAUUGGCGAAUGAAGAAAUGGCCGCGGUAUGAUCAUGUUCCUCCGAGUGUGGGAUCUAAUGGCUUCCAAAGCCAAAUAACAUGGGAGUCCCUCAUGUGGGCUCUCUAUGCUGCCUGCUUCCUCAUCCUAGUGCGAUCGGUCUUUCGAGUCGUGGAGUUUGUUGAAGGAAACGAUGGGUUCAUCAUGCACAGAGAAUACCUGUUAUAUAUUUUCGAUGCUUGCCUCAUGUCGUUAAGUGGUAUCGUCUUGAUCGUUGUUUAUCCUGGUACCUUUUACCGUCGGUUUGAUAAUCAGCGGGAUAGUGGGCUUCGACUCACAUCAGUGGAUGACGAAUUUGCUCCUCCAGAGGCAAGCCUCGCGAGCCGACAGAUACAUAAAUAGAAUAUUCCAUUUAUUUAUCCCCUUUUAUCCCAUUUGUCGGCAGUUCUUCUCAUCACCUUUUGCGGCUUGCAAUUGGGAAAGAUUUUCUAAGGACGGCUAUAGCUAUUAGGAAGCAGACGGCGACGAAGUCGGUUACACAAAUAGAUUUGUUUCAUUCUUUCGCACAUUGCUUAACAUUCAAGUUCAAGUUAU